AUGCGCACGCAGAUGGGGCAGACGCCCCUUUUCUUCGCAGCAGCCCGCCGCCGGCAGAUGUUGGUCCAGCGCGGCAUAUCCGUGCAUCAUAAGGACGGAAAUUCGCAAACUGCCCUCUUUUACGCAUCUCGACAGGGCCGUUGUGAGAUAAUUCAAUACCUGAUGAGCCAGGGCGCGGACCCCAACGUUGUGGACGAGUUUGGGGAAACUGCGUUGUUUUAUGCCGUCAGGAGUAAGAAGACAGCUGCGGCCACGGCCUUGUUGGAAGGCGGUGCGAAUCUGGAAGUUGUCAACAAUGCUGGCAACACCUGUAUGAGCCUCGCGCCGGCUACAGUAUUCCCUGCGUUGCAGGAGGAGCGCAAGAAACGGCGCCUCUAUGAUGACGACCCAGGUCCGGGGCCAAAGCGCCAGCGGACGGCGAUGGAAGCCCUGCGAGCAUGGGCGAGUGAGUGGCCAGCCGAGGAGCCCAUCCCCAGAAAGAAAAUAGUUGACUACAAGCAGGAGGACAUCAUUGACAAGACUGACGGCUACGCCGUUCUUCGAAGGUGCCCGGAAGAAUGCGCAGCACAGCUGCGUGUCAGCGAGAAGCACUUCGUGGCGGAUCAUGCCCAGCUCCUCCAAGAAGAAACUUGGUUCCACGACUUGUCGCCCGAGGAGUGGUGCAAAGGCGUAGGUGUGAUUGCGGAUGAGACAGGAGUCGCUGUGAAGGCCAUUAAGGCGGUGGUGGCUGGAAAUAGGGAACAUCGCUUCACACUGCCGCUAGUGGAGGUGGAAUCGAAGUCACUGGCUGGGUAUAUCCAUGUGGGGUGGAAACCCGAAGAGGAGGAGCUAUCCAUCAAGCAGCUCAAGGUGAAUGACAAGGACAUGAAUAGAGGGCUUGGAAAGCUGCUGCUAGCAGCAGCUGAAGAGCACAGCCGUCGAAUGGGGUGGACAUGCACGGGGACAUCGCUCAGCGUAUUGGCAUCAAAUGAGCGGGCGUGCAGGUGUUAUAGCGGAGCUGGAUUCAAGAAAGAAUCAAGCAGAAGCGCCAGUUGGGGAAAGAAAGGGCAUAUCGCAUCAGACUGGCAGCGAUGGAAGAAGGUGACCAAACAUGCUUAUGAUAAGAAGUCCCCGGUCGGACAGUAAUGCGCUGGAUGGUCUUCAUCAAAUUGCUUUUGGCUGGCCAGCAUCGAUAAUGUAAAGUGACAGGGAUACGACUGCAGAAAGUGCAGGUGUCCACGCACGUCAGUAGCCAAAGACGCUACUUAGCCAUGUAAAGACGAGCCCUGAUGCGGAGUUGGGGAAACUGAUUCUGCAAGUCCUGGGAUCAUAAAUUGAAGGGCCACCUGCAAAGUGGACCUAAAAGGGAUUGUGGAAAUGUCGCGGGUUUCUAUGGC